AUGACCACGACACUCCGUCUCCAAAGUCUAGUAGAGUUAUUUUUUAUUGCAUUGGAGCAGAUGAUCGUGGUUCGCUCAAACAAGGGCAGGGGCAUGCUUUCCGCCACCACCACAGUUUCUGUUUCUUCUUGCCAAAUGCGAAAUGCAAAAUGCAAAAUGCAAACGACAAACCCACUCACUCAACCAUUGCAGGUCGCCACCAAAAUGCCGAAUAUCACGCAGAACAAUGAUGGAGUCGAAACAUUUACGAACUCUCCUAGUAAUAAGCCGUCGAAAAUCCGAGGCGCAACCUAUUUCGGCCGACGGCUAAAACGAGAAAGCCAAUCCAUUAUUCAAGCAAUGCGCUGA